UCUGGGAAGGGCGCUUCCGCGUUCCUUCUGCGCCUGUGCGUCUCUGCUUUCUGGCCGUCUUCUCCAAAGUUGGGCCAGUGUCGCGGGUCCUGUUGGCGCUCUGGUAGCAUCUCUGACAUGGAGGGGCUGCUCUCCUUCAGGGACGUGGCCAUUGAUUUCUCUGCAGAGGAGCGUGAAUGCUUGGAGCCUGCUCAGUGGAGUCUGUAUAGGGAUGUGAUGCUGGAGAAUUACAGCCACCUCGUGUUCCUGGGUCUUGCUUUGUCUAAGCCGUACUUGGUCACAUUUCUUGAGCAAAGAAAGGAGCCCUGGAAUGUGAAGGGACCAGGAUCAGUUGCUGUAUACCCAGGUAUGUGGGAAUGA